GAGGGGGAGGGGGAAGAGGAGGCCCGGGCUGCCAAGAUGGCGACGGAGCGGAGUCGCUCCCCGAUGGGAGGCUCGCCGGUGCCGGCCUCGAUGUUCGCCCCGGAGCCGGCUUCUCACGGCGGAGGGGCCGGGGCUCCGGGGUCGGCGCCUUCGCCUGCCAGGCCUCACCUCGGCGGAGGAGUCCCGGACUCGGACUGCAGCGAGGACGGCGAGGUGCUGAACGGAGAGCCCGAGCUCGACCUCACCAGCAAGCUUGUAAUGGUGAGCCCAACAUCGGAACAGUAUGAUAGCUUACUACGGCAGAUGUGGGAGAGAAUGGAUGAAGGAUGCGGAGAGACCAUCUAUGUCAUUGGACAAGGAUCAGAUGGAACUGAGUAUGGGCUCAGUGAUGCAGACAUGGAAGCUUCAUAUGCAACCGUGAAGAGCAUGGCAGAGCAAAUCGAUGCAGAUGUGAUCCUCUUACGAGAACACCAAGAGGCGGGAGGCAAAGUGCGCGACUAUUUGGUUCGGAAACGUGUGGGUGACAAUGAUUUCUUGGAGGUCAGGGUAGCAGUGGUUGGCAACGUGGAUGCUGGGAAGAGCACUCUGCUGGGCGUCCUCACCCAUGGUGAGCUGGACAAUGGGCGUGGUUUUGCUCGCCAGAAGCUUUUUCGCCACAAGCAUGAGAUUGAAUCGGGGCGCACCAGCAGCGUGGGCAAUGACAUCUUGGGUUUCGACAGCGAGGGCAAUGUUGUGAACAAGCCUGACAGCCACGGUGGAAGUUUGGAAUGGACUAAGAUUUGUGAGAAAUCCACAAAGGUCAUUACUUUCAUUGACCUGGCUGGGCAUGAGAAGUACCUGAAGACUACUGUCUUUGGCAUGACUGGGCAUCUACCUGAUUUCUGCAUGUUAAUGGUGGGCAGCAAUGCUGGGAUUGUUGGGAUGACCAAGGAACACUUGGGUCUGGCAUUGGCACUCAAUGUCCCAGUCUUUGUGGUAGUGACCAAGAUUGACAUGUGUCCUGCCAAUAUUCUCCAAGAAACCCUGAAGCUGUUGCAGCGACUUCUGAAGUCCCCAGGAUGCCGGAAGAUCCCUGUGCUGGUCCAGAGCAAGGAUGAUGUCAUUGUGACUGCGUCCAACUUCAGCUCAGAAAGGAUGUGUCCAAUAUUCCAGAUUUCCAAUGUCACUGGUGAGAACCUGGAAUUGCUUAAGAUGUUUCUCAAUCUCCUGUCUCCAAGGACCAGUUACAGGGAAGAGGAACCCGCAGAAUUCCAAAUAGAUGACACUUAUUCCGUUCCAGGUGUUGGGACAGUGGUGUCUGGAACAACCUUAAGAGGCCUGAUCAAGUUAAAUGACACCCUACUCUUAGGUCCAGACCCACUGGGUAACUUCCUGCCCAUUGCUGUGAAGUCCAUCCACCGCAAGCGCAUGCCAGUCAAAGAGGUGCGGGGAGGCCAGACUGCCUCCUUUGCUUUGAAAAAGAUCAAGCGUUCCUCUAUACGGAAAGGUAUGGUGAUGGUGUCCCCACGGUUGAAUCCACAAGCAUCUUGGGAAUUUGAAGCAGAAAUUCUAGUACUGCAUCACCCGACCACCAUCAGUCCUCGUUAUCAGGCAAUGGUGCAUUGUGGCAGCAUCCGCCAAACAGCCACUAUUCUCAGCAUGGACAAAGACUGUUUACGAACAGGAGACAAGGCUACCGUUCACUUCCGUUUCAUCAAGACCCCGGAGUACUUGCACAUAGACCAGCGGCUGGUUUUCCGUGAGGGGCGGACCAAAGCUGUGGGCACUAUCACCAAGUUACUCCAGACCACAAAUAACUCUCCAAUGAACUCCAAGCCCCAGCAGAUCAAGAUGCAGUCGACAAAAAAAGGCCCCCUGACCAAGCGAGAGGAAGGGGGAGCCCAGGCGGGAAUGGCAGCAGCGGGUCCCGCAGUGGCAGAAGAAGCCACUUCGGUGGCAGCAGUCCCAUCAGCGCCAACGAGUGCCCAGCAACCCCAGCCUGCACUGGAUGAGGAGCCUCACAACCGGGAAGGCAAUAAGGCCAAGGCUGGAGGAGGUGGCCGGCGACGUGGAGGCCAGCGCCAUAAAGUAAAGGCCCAGGGGGCUAUCAUGACUCCCGCUGGUGGCUGCUGAACAUCUUCUUUUCACCCCUGAGGAAUUCAUCCCCCUUCCUUCUGUUUCGUCAAUCCAAAAAAACCCCGGAGCAGCGUAACCAAAAUCCAUCCCAGUUGAUUGGCUGCUGUGAACCUCUCUUCUUCCCUUCCUGGAGAAUGACUUGAGGGACUGGAAAAGGAGAGGGAUGGGUUGUAUCUUAAGCUAGUGAAGGUGACAAAGCACACGUGGGACUGACCAACUGCCACCUUCUCUUCCCUUGACCCCCAAAACAUUUUGUACAUCGUGAGCUCUUAGUCAUGAUUUUUAUUAGUUUUUAUUAUGGUGGAUGUGUGUGUGGGUGUGUGGGUGUUUGCGGGUGUGUAUGCAAAUGAAGACUCAGGAGAAUCUAGGUAUACAAAAAAACAGUAAGGUACCUGCCUCCUUCUCCUUCUUACCACACCCCAUCAUUUUUUAAAAACUAAGCCUGUGUCUUGUCUAUGAUGGAUGCCUGAAAUCCCAGACCUUUAAAAGUAUAAGGGUGCUAGUUGGUUUUGGGAUGAGUUAGUCCUUCCUCCCUUCUGGCACCAGGGCGCUUCUACAUGGGUGCCAGGCCUCCCUUGUUCUAAUGUAGCAAUUACUGUAAUAGGUUAAUUGGCAUGAAGGGUCUCCUCAAACCUGCAGCCCCACCCAAGUUGCAUUAAAGUGAGAUCCUAGAUCUCCAAAAUCCACUGCAUGGUGGUGCCCCCCAAAACACUCCUUCCUCUUGCGGUGGCUUCUAAAAGUCCCCAUUAAAGCAAAAAAGUUGAUUUCACACAGUCCCUUUUCAAGCUAUUGUUUCAAAACAGAUGCUUUUCUUGCAAAUCCAGCCAAGCAGUCUCCUUGCGCAGACUAUAUCUGGAUUAGCAGCCCGCCACGAAUGGCAUCCUUUUAAUGAUUUACAUGUACUUAAGUGUAACUUAUGUGCAUGUAAGUCCCUGUUUGGUUGUGGCAUAGAGAGCUAUACAUUUGCACUUGUGCUCUGUCCAAAAAUCUCCCACUAUGGAGCCCCCAGGAGAGGCAUCUGCAGCUGUUGCGUACCAGAAGAGAGGAAAGUUGGGAAGGAGGCAGUUCAUGACCGUGAAAAUCUGGGUGCUCUGAGCAGGGGAAAAGAAAGGGCAGGUGCACCCCAUUGGAGAGUACAGCCGCAUUUUGCCACCUCCCAACCGAGCUAAGAUUAGCUGCUUCUCUGUAUUCUGAAUGGCCUUUCCCCUCUUCCCUCUUCCCAUUGGUAAAUGGCAACUGCAGGGACCCCUCCCAGGACUUGACAGGCUGUGUCAGGACACAGUACUGUAUGUGCAGAAUUGCCUGUAGAUGUAGAAUCGCAGCCUAUGUCUGCAAAGCAGAGUGGGGUGUGAAGAUGACGCAGUAUUGUUCCUGGCUUUGAGAGACUUCCCAAUUCCAUACCGUGUCUUCCAAAUGCUCAAGAACAAGCGCUGUCAGUGAUGCCUGCUGCCUUUUUUUGAACAUGUGAAAGACAUGCUUGAAAACAUUGCUUUAGAUUAAUAGCCCUUUUAUACCCUGCAAUUGUAGCACUAUGAGUCCACUUUAAUCCAAUGGAAUACUCAGAUUUGCUUUUUAGGGAAAGAUAUAUUGAAUUAUCUUCCAAAGAGCUCUACUGCUUCACUCAACUACAAACCAUUGGAUUCCACAGGAUAUAGACAUAACUGUUAAAGUGGAACAGUCGUGCUGUAAUUGUGGAGUGCGGAAGGGCCCUACAUGUCCCAGAUGUACCCUACGCCAGCAUGACCACUGACAGUUUUGGGAAUCUUGUCCAAAAAAGUAACAUUUCCCAGCUCCGUUCCUACGUAUUUGUAUUUGGAGACACCACUCUCUUCACAAAUCAGUGAGCAUUUAGCUAUAGUUUCAAAAGGCCAGGUUCCCCACCCAUCUGCCCUGUUGUUUCAUUCCCUGUCAAGAGUGUUACCUGUACCAUGGCACGCAUGGUGGGUUUGCCUGCAUUUACAGAGACAGCUUGCAGUUUGCUGAACCUGGUUUUGAGCUGUGCUUUCAGAUUUGGACAUAUGUUUGUGAUUUUUAUAACUUUGAUAGAAAACGUUUGCUGUGUCUGUUUAAGGCACCCAUUCUUUUAACUGGCAUCAUGUUGUUGCUUGAAAAGAAGAAGACAAGACCACAAAGUUUGUAGUUCACCGGUUUGUAACUUUAAAAAAAAUCUCCUGCA